AUGGAUGACCACGAUGGUGACAGGGCCACCUGUGGGCUGGUGAGGGGUUUAAAGAGACAGUCUGCAGCUCCAACAGGAGCCCCGGCUAUUGUCUCCUCACCUGAGAGCAGGGACCACCCAGACCAACAUCCAUACAUCCAUCCUAUCCGGUCCCACUCUAUCCCUGCAUCCCCCUUGCCUUCAGCACUGCAGCUCUCUCCCGGGACCUGGGCAUCCCAAGCUGAGUCCUGUAUCCCUUCUCUAUGGAGGCUUUUCCAAGCAGGGAUGCCUCCUGGCAAAGGGCAGAUGAUCCCGCUGCUGCCCACCCCAAAGGCCACGGCACCCCCCUCACGCAGCACCCAUGGCCCCGCAGCAGGGGGCCACACUCAGCCCCCCGAGGGUCGCAGUAAGAAGAAGAGCCGUAAGCACCAGCGGUUCAUGGAGCGCCGGACACUGCUGGAGCAGAAGGGGCUGCUGAGCCCCCCCAAGCGCCCGGGCAGCCAGACCCCGAUGUCAGGGCUGGAGGUAUGCAGCACGCUCACCAAGGUGGAUGGCACCACAGCAGCGCACUGUGGGAAGGUCCCCAAGCCAGAAGAGGCUGUCUCCACAUCCCUGUCCCCAUCCGCCUCUCCGGACAGCAUAGCCAGGCACCACUCCGUGCUGCUGUCCCAGGGGAAUGGCAGCUCCAAGAGGGUGCGGACGUCCUCCCCGCUCCUGCGGCCGAGCAAGUACGUGGCCAUCGACUGUGAGAUGGUGGGUACCGGUCCUCAGGGCAGGCUGAGCGAGCUGGCGCGGUGCUCUGUGGUGAACUACCAGGGGGAUGUGAUCUAUGACAAGUACGUCCAGCCCGAGCUCCCCGUCGUGGAUUACCGGACGCGCUGGAGCGGCAUCACCAAGCAGCACAUGAAGAGAGCGAUUCCCUUCAAGGCUGCUCAGGCAGAGAUCCUGAAGAUCUUGAAAGACAAGGUUGUGGUAGGACACGCCAUCCACAAUGACUUCCAAGCCCUGAAGUACUUCCACCCCAAAGACAGGACCCGGGACACCAGCCGGAUCCCAGUGCUGAACGAGAGGGCAGGGUUCCCCGGCAGGGCCAAUGUCUCACUCAAGACCUUGGCCAGGCACCUGCUCCACAAAAAGAUCCAGGUUGACUGCAGAGGGCACUCGUCAGUGGAGGAUGCUCAGACAGCCAUGGAGCUGUACAGACUGGUGGAGGUGCAAUGGGAGACGGAGCUGGCCCGUAGCCUGCCCCCCCGGCCCCCCAGCCCCAUCACAGACCCCACCGCAGACAGCAGCCAGUACAUGGAUGACCAGUACUGGCCCACAGACCUGAUGGAAAGCAGCUUAUGAGGGACAGCACCUCCUCCACGUCGUUCAGGCCAUGCUGGUGCCUAUUGACGGUAGAGGUGGCUGCUGAUCUCCUUCCCUGGGGCUUGUGCCCCAUGGGCUCUGCCUGGUACCCAUCUCUACACAGGGGGGGUCAGACACCCCCAGCCCUGCCCUGGGACAGAGAAACAGUGACACUUGGACACCAGCAACUCUCAAGAGCACUGAGGCCUCUUACUGUGGCUGUGCUGUGUUCAUCUGGCACUUGGUGCUCUGGGAUUAGCAGGGUCCUGGUGUGAGCCUGGAGGAGCCCCCAUGGGCAUGCAGUGGCUGCAGUGGUGGCUGUGGCUGCCAGGGCACCUGCUAUGCCCUCUGGGAAGGGGAUACUCCAUGGUGGGCAAGUCUUCCUGUGGGAGGACUGAGGUGCCUUGCUGAUGCCCAAAGGCUGCAAACCACUCGGAGCCAGUUUCCUCCUCACCUUUUUGCACAGUGAAGCCUGAAAAGUCUGGGUCUGAUCCAGCCUGGACAAGAGGAUAGGAUGCACUUCAUUUAAAUGGACUGUUCAUGUAAUUGUCCAGUUCUGAAUAAAAAACUGGUCUUGCUAAA